AUGUCAAAGAAGACACGAAAGUCGCGUCGUGAUGACGAGGGCACGGGAGGUGAGACUUUACCGGAUGGAUGGGAUCAAUUUACGUCCCCGGACGGUCAUUUAUACUACUACAAUGCCGAUACAAAGGAAAGUAGAUGGGAAUUUCCAGCUAAAGAGAAGAAAGAGGUCCUCGUCCAUCAAGGUAAAAAAAGAGAAGAUAAAAGAGAAAAAAAGACAAUGGAGGAACAAGAGACAGUCGCAACAGCUAUAAACCCCUCAAAUGUCAUGUUUCGGAAGCUCCAAGCGUCGCUUGGCGGAAAACUGGAGGCGAUUUAUACUGGGCCACCUCCAAUGAUGAAUAUUCGACGAGAGGGGUUUUUGUCGGAAUAUACAGGAGGAACUAUAGGACAAGAGGCUACGAUGCCAUUGACGUCAGUGGAAGAAGAAUACGAGACUGAGACAGCGGGAAUGAGUGCAGCGGAGCGACUUCGUUUUCUAAGGAAAAAGAGACAAGAAAAUAUGAUGUUAAAGAGAGAAAAUAGUAUGGAAGAUGACUUUAUGGCUGAAGUAGCUAAGAAUAUGAAGAAGAAGGGGGUCGUCGUCUUAAGAAAAGAAGAACGAGAAGGAAAUGAAAAAAUGGUGAGGUGGGAAGAGCAGGAGAAGGAAGAAGAAGAACGUAAACGACGACAGAUGCAGGGAGAGAUGGAAAUGAAGAAAGAGAGGAAUGAACAGAUCACUAAAGAGAGAGAAGAACGACAAGAGCAGGAGCGUGUGAAGCAGUUAGAACUAGAGCAACGGGAACAGGAACAGCAAGAAGAAAAGAGAAAGAAACAGGACAAGAAGGAGAAAAAGAAAAAGGAGAAAAAGGAGGAGCAGAUCAACGAGCGCAAUGUUGGCCUUGUGUCUGUCUGCCACGAAACGAGUGAUACUGGACAACAUGUACACAAUCAAUUGAGUGUUGUCGAAAAUGUUGUGGAGCAAGAUGACGACGAUUUGGAUGUGUCAUCGCCAGAACGUGUGAAGCAUAGAAAGCACAAUCGAAGUCAGGGCAGCAAACAUGGCAUUUCUGUGGAUCGACAAGCAAUGAAGCACAUGGAAAAUGUUGAAGACGACCAUCCUCCAGCAGAUGAUAGAGUAAGCCCGAGGUUUGAGGUUAAGACUGAUGCUGUGCAAGAUGACAAGCAACGUAUGCGUGAAGAACGUCGUGCUCGAAAACAACGCGAAAAGGAGAUGUUAGUCGCAUCAAAAUUGACAUCGGAAUUACCACGACCUAAACCAACGCCUACUUUUGAUGAAAUUUAUGAGGAAUCUCAGACCCAGCCAACUAGCAGCAUUGAAGUUGGUGAAACUACGAAAGCGAGAACGAAGCAUCUGCGACGUGAAAGGCGACAAAUGGCCAAAAUGGAAGCAGCACUAGCUGCUCAAAACUUGGAUGGAACCAGUGGCCACGAGAACGCACAGCCAGUAACACCUACCGAGUCACACACGAAUAGCAGCAAUGGCCCGACAAUUGGAUUAGCCAACGCUGGAGGAUAUCCUAUGAGCGGGCAGCCACUGUUAGGACAGCCACCUUUCAGUGGAGGUAUGUGCCCUUCAUAUCCUUACAUAAUGAUGCCACCUCCGCCCUCACCAUAUGGAUAUUACUAUUCAUACAUGCAACCAUAUUCCUUGCCGAUACCCAUGUAUCCUUCAGCUGUGGUACCUCCAGGAUACCAAUUGAUGCCAACUCCUCCACAUUCGGCGAACGGGAUGGCAGUGCCUUCGGCAUUGAUUCCAUACGGUACAGACACAACACUAGCAAACGCUUAUGGAUAUGAUAUGCAUUUUGGAGGCACGUCGGGUCCAGAAGUAAGCAGAUGCGACUGCUGCAAAGGCAUUGGUGUCGGGUUGGUAGAAAAGAAUGGUGUCUGCGCGCAUUGUAACCGGUUGCGCCUUGCCUUUAUUCUGGAUUCUGCUCAGAUGCGACUGAGGUGCUCAGUAUGUGGCGGGUGGGGUUUUCAAUUGCUUCAAGCAAACGGAAUGUGUGAGCACUGUACUCGCAGUGCGCAAAAGUCGCAAUGGGGGCUCUUAGCAGCAGCUGCAGCACGACGUCCAAGUAGUGUUGCAACUGCUACCACUGCAGUUCAGCCUCGGCAAACUUCAGCAAAGACCAAGCCAGAGAAAGAUGAAUUUGAUGACAUUGACUGGGACCAAUCCUCGCUGGAUGACUCUGACUGGGAUGAUUAA